UUGUGGAAAUGGCCCCUGGCAGUUCAUUAGAGUUUUAUCUUGAAUUUUUGGCUGCUUUAAAUGAUUUACAUUUUGGUCGAAGUUCUCGCAAAUAUCGUCACGUUCACGAAAAUCCACUGGGUAUUAUACGCAACACUUUGAAUAGCGGCGGUUUUGGUCCACAACCACCCAAUCUCAACAAUGAAUUGGGAAUUCCACCAAAUGCCGGUCCGAUGAAUGCAUUUGCUGCCACGUACGGUAGUAGGCCAUUGUCACAUCCUGGUGGUGGUAGUGGUGUUGCAGCUGCUGCGGCAGCCGUUACCGAGGCUCAACAGGAGAAAGGCAUGUUUUCAGUUAGUCAACUAAAUAUUGAAUUGACUGAAGAUCAUGUCUUGCCAAAUGGUAAAAUUGAACUGACAUGUCUGGCGACAAUACCAUCAGCUGUGGGUCCGGGUGAGGAAUUUGCCGAUUACAAGACAUACAGUAUAAAGGUUGAUGUUCAACGUUUGGAGACGACAACGUUUUCGACAACAACACAAAGUAUAGGCAUGGCCGCACUGGGCAAUGGAGUGACACCAUCAUCGGCGACAUCUACACACAGCAGAUACAGUUCUCAAAUGUUCCAGCACAGUCUAUGGAUGCAGCUGUGUUUGGCAAUCAUCUUUAUGCUGUGGCGGACGACACUACUACGACAUUAA